UCUCUUUCCCUCUCUCUCUGUCCCCUUCCUUUUUCCUUCUCUGGUUCUUAUUUGCAAAGCUUCAUUAGCUUGCAGAUAGCUAGAAAGACACCUGAUUGAUCGAUUGAGUCACAACACGCAAAUCUUGCGAUAUAUUCUCUUCUUCAUCACUUUCUCACUCUUCUCAUUUGGGUCUCUAUCAGUUGCGGGUAGAACUGUGGUACUAAACAAACCCAUUUUCCUUCUGCAAUUUCUGUUCUUUCCCAAAACGCUUCCCCACCAAUUCAGCUCCUUUUGACAGUGAGACACACCCAGAAACAUCCAAUUUAUAACCCUCUCUCUCUCUCUCUCUCUCAAUCCUUAUUCUUCAUCAUCCAUCCAUAUAUAUUAGGGUUUGUUAUAUAGACUCGGUGUAGUAGUCCUAGCUUGUAUUAUUAUUGUUGUUGUUAUUGUAAUUAGUUCCUCUCUCUGGCUAGCUAGAGCUGAUCAUCAGGUUCAUCGACCCGUCUCAGACUUUUCGUGGCUGUUCCUAGCUUUGUCUUUUCUUUGGGAUCUGAUCCGACAAGCACAGUAAGACAGGUCGUUGAGGAACACAAUCAGUAGAGACAAGACAGUUUCUGAUUUUCAAAGACGAGGACUCGAAAAGAAGAGAGAGAAUAUGAAUUCUUUUUCUUAUGUUCCACCUGGUUUUAGGUUUCAUCCCACAGAUGAAGAACUUGUUGAUUACUACCUGAGGAAGAAAGUCACUUCAAGAAGAAUUGAUCUUAAUGUCAUCAAAGAUGUGGACCUCUACAAGAUUGAGCCUUGGGAUCUUCAAGAGAUUUGCAGGAUAGGAACUGAAGAACAAAACGAAUGGUACUUCUUUAGCCAUAAAGAUAAGAAAUAUCCAACAGGGACUCGAACAAAUAGAGCCACAGCUGCAGGAUUCUGGAAAGCAACAGGAAGAGAUAAGGCUAUCUAUUCCAAGCAUGAUCUGAUAGGGAUGAGGAAAACCCUAGUUUUCUAUAAGGGUCGAGCUCCUAAUGGACAGAAAUCAGAUUGGAUCAUGCAUGAGUAUCGGCUCGAAACCGAUGAAAAUGGUACACCACAGGCAAAAGGAUGGGUUGUGUGUAGAGUAUUCAAGAAGAGAAUAACAACCAUAAGAAAAGUGAGUGAGCAUGACUCUCCUUGUUGGUACGAUGACCAGCAAGUCUCAACUUUCAUGCAAGACUUGGACUCACCAAAGCAGCAAAAUCCUCAUCAUCAAUCUCAACAUAAUUUGAUGUACCACCAAAUCCCAAUCAUCAAUAAUAGUUAUCCUUGCAAGAAAGAGCUUGAUCACCCUCACAACCAUCCUCAUCAUCACAACAUGCCAUUGCUUCACCAGCUUCAAACUCGCCACCACUUCCUCCCUCAGCUUCCACUUCUCGAUUACCAGAACCCGAAAUUGCUUCAAUCUCCGGCAGCAGCUUCAACAGCUACUGUAAACCCUAGCAACAACUUAAUGGCAGCAUUUGGUCUUGAUGUGAUGAACCAUGCUGCGGCAUCAGCAGAAGAUCAGCAAACUUUUCAGGUAACGGCUGUUUAUGGCAGUAGUAGCCAAGAACAUAUGGCCACGGACGAUGAACAAGUGACCGAUUGGCGAGUACUCGACAAGUUUGUCGCAUCACAACUUAGUCAAGAAGAUGUGCCUACUAAUAAUAAGGACCACAACAAUGCAGGCACAAGCAGCAGCAACAACAACAUUUUUCAUCAGACCAUGGACAAUAUUGCUAGUAAUGUACAGUUCAGACCAUCAAAUUUGGAAAAGCAAGAAAUGGUGCCUGAAAAUGCCUCAACGUCAACCUCAAGUUGCCCAAUUGAUUUGUGGAAAUAGUGUCCUCAAGCUCAAAAAAUGUUGAUGGCUUUGAAGGGUACAUACUAAUUAAUUAUAGGGUGCUUAUUAUAAUAUAAUGAAUUAGUUUAAUUUACGCAUAAAAUUAAUAUAUGCAAGCACUGUUUGGAUUCUUGUAAAUAAUAAACGUACGUACAUCAAUAGCAUGCAUAACUCUUAACUAUUGGUGAGGUUUUGGCUUCACUUUUAGGAGUAUAGCUUCUAUCUAUUCAGCGUUAAGUUAAAA